AUGCUUCAAGUGUUCGAGAGCGAAUCAUGUCGUGUCUGGACCGGGUCCGCGGACGUGCCCCUACUCGCUAUAGAGGCCGCAAAAGAGCACGAGAUGGAGGCCAUUCCUUUCUGCGUGCAGAUCUGGCUACAAAACGAGCCGAAGGUCGCUACAGUGGCUGACAGAAGCCCUGUUCAAGAAGGUCUGUAUCUAGUCCGUGCUCGGGCGGUUCGUACUGGUGUACAGCCACUGUACACCAUAUUGCUGCCGACCGAUACAUUGUCUUGCUUCUCCAUACACAGGUCGUCGCCGUUUACGUCGACUGUUCUCGUGGUACUGGACGUCAUCGAUGAGCAACAGCAACAUCAAAAACAGCAGCAGCAAGUGUACUUCUUUGGUAACGUACGGGAGACUGGCUGGCUGAGAUCGGCGUCUGCGAGGAAAGCGCAGCUUACGGCCACCCACGGCAUUGGUGCGUGCUACGAUCCGGAAGGGGCAGAGAAGCUGUUGGCUGCAUUGCAUUUAUCGUUUCCUAGCGUUAAACUAUCGAGUUUGGGCAUGGACUGUGUGAAGAAGCAAAAAAUAGGCUAUUGUCGGGUCGCUGGGUUGAAGAUAAGUGAGGUGGCAAAGCAACGGAAAACGCUGUCCGCCGAAGGGUUCUACGGGUCGAAUAUUGCAAAGUCGACAGCUGCAGACGUCUCAGAUGUUGUCAUGUCGAAUAGCAAUUGGUCAUCGUUCUACCAAAAGCUGCAGUUCAGAGUAUCGCAUUCACUGAUGUGCCAGCUUGAAGGCUCUGCGCCCAUUUCAUCGUCGUUCCCUCGGCAACAAGAAGCGUUUGAUUUCGCGGAUCAAGUCGCGGCCCUUCGACGCCGUGUAUACGCUACUCGUGGUGUAUUGCGAAAUACUGAACACGAUCUUAGGGACCAUUUGCCCCGUGUAUUCUCUUACGAGAGUGCAAAAGAUGGCAAGCGACGUUUUCUCGUCGCCAGUUUUACUGAAUUCUGGAAAUGCUACAUCAAAACCCACGUGAACCAACGGCACGUCUACGAGGUCAUCCGUGAGGGUGUCCCCUGCCGUCUUUACUUCGACUUGGAGUUUAAACGUGCCAUUAAUUCUCAAGCAGAUGGUGACGCGCUUGUGGCGAGGCUUUUAUCGUUGCUCCAACUCCAGUUAUAUCGCAGGUAUGGCAUCCACGUUUGCCAACGAAAUAUAUAUCAACUCGACUCGUCAACACCUGCCAAGUUCAGUCGUCACAUCAUCCUUCACCUCCCAAAUGACGACCUGUUCGCAGACAACUCUCACGCUGGAGCAUUCGUGCGUGAGUUAGUAAACGACCUCGUGGGCUCCAUCGCCAACGGAGGGGCACAUUACGGCCAGUUGUUGACCCCAUUUCUCGUCAACAGUGUGUCUGAAGAUGACGCCGUUGGCGUAAAACAGCUUUUCAUUGACACCGGUGUGUACACUCGAAACCGCAUGUUUCGGGUGCUGGGCUCGUCGAAGUAUAAGAAGCAGGCGAUCUUAUGCCCACUCAAUGCAUCACUCCCAUCCACCGAGCUCGACCAAGCAUUGUUUCUCAGCACUCUAGUGUGUCCAUAUCCAGAUCUCACAGCGGUCAAACUUGAGCAGCAGACGAAGCCUUUCCGUCUUCUCCGCUGUAAGUCUUCUCAUGCAGUCUCCCGUUCUGGACGACACUUGAUUACCUCGGGUGCAAGGAGUAUCGCUACCUCGUCGGUUGAGUGCCAAAGUUCUAUUUACCCCGCGCUAGAUGCCUUCGUUCGUUCUCGAGCGACUACGGGUGGGGUUCAGGGUGAAAUCCGUGCAGUUCAGAUGCUGUACCCCAGCAGUUUGGAUGUACCGAAUGCUAUGCCUUGUGAAAUGCUCGAUCAAGAGCAGUCUGCAGCAAUCAAAACUCCGAGCCCGCCGGACCCGUGGAUGAUCAUAUAUCACAUGAUGCGAAAUCGUUGGUGUGCGAAUAUUGGACGACCGCAUAAGAGCAACAACGUCAUGUACAUUGUGGACAUCGAUCAGCGUGUGUUUUACCAAAAAUGCCACGAUCCGGUGUGUCAUGCGAUGGACUUCAGGUCACCACCACAACCACUCCCAACGGAACUCAAUUUUCUGCAUCCAGAUAGCGGAAGUUCGAAUUGGCAAUGUAGCUGA